CGUCUGACGUCAUCGGCAGGGGCUCAACCCCGGUAAUGUCUGAAGCUGCACGAAUAGAAAUUCGAUCGGGUUCUCGCUUCGUUGCGUGAUAAUUUAAAUCGAAAACGUGUGUGCGCUGGGACUGAUGAUCUCCAUUCUGAGGCGUCCGCUUCGAGACGCUGAGCAGCCCCGCGGCUCCGGUCUGUGAUCGCGGGCGCCAGCAUGCCGGUAUGCAAGUAUUUCCUGGAGGGCCGCUGUCGUUUCGGGAAUAACUGUUGGAACGAGCACCCCCGAGGCGGAGCCCACAGUAACAACAGGGGAAACUGGGGAAAUCAGUUCCAGAAACAUCAGCCACGAUACAUUCAACCGUCAAUUUUCUCCAAACCACCGGCAUGGGGAAGCAGUGGCAGGGAUGUCGAGAGGAGAGGAUUUGGUUCCUCAGACACUGGGAAGAAAGCAGUUUCAAGUUCUAGCAGCUUUAUACAGAACCGGUUUACAGCUCUGUCUAAUGAUAAUGAAGACCGUGAUGCGGACAGCUUACUGGAACUUGUAAGAAAAGACAUUGAAUCAUGGGAAUCUUCUGGACAGUGGCUGUUCUCCUGUUAUUCUGUUACCAGAGAAUAUGCUUGUGUUUCAGGUCUUGUGGACAUCUCCCCUGAAGAACUUCGACUGGAAUAUUAUAACAGUAGGGCAGGAGGCAGCUUACAACAUUAUGUUGAAUCUGUUAGACAAUUAUCAAAUCAACAUAGAAACAGGAUGCUGGAACUGAAGAAGCCAAAUUCAUCUGCAAGAGCAUCAAUGAUUAUGGAAUUGAAAAAGCCUAACCAGCAGAAGGCAGCAGUCGGCUUUGGUGGUGUACAGCCUUCGGGCUUUAACUCAUCAGCUUUCACCUCUGCUACUGCAAGCAGCAACACAUUUAGUUUUAAACCAGAUGCUGGAUUAGGGACUGCUGCAGCAGCCCCUUCAUUUGGAAACUCAAUGGCAUCUACAGCCCCUCCACAGUCAGGAUUUGGAACCAAAGCAGCUGAUUCUUCCUCAGUCUUUGGAAACAAACCUACCUUUGGGGCUCCUUCAGGGACAGUGGCUUCAUUCUCAGUCUUUAGUAGUUCUGUAUCUAGUUCUGCGCCAGGUAUCUCCGUGUUUGGAAACUCUUCCCAAUUUGGAAGCAACACAACAGUUUCCAGCAGUUUUGGGAGUUCUGCAUCGAUGGGAGCACCUAUCUCCUCAGCCUUUGGGAGCUGUGUAACAUCAACAACUGAUACCUUUGGGGGUUUUGCAGCUACAGCAGCAACAACAACAACAACAAAUACUGAUUCUGGGACAACUCCUAUACCUGUCUCUCAGCCACAGAACACUCCUGUCAAUGGGUGUGAUGCACUGUACACACCCCAGGCACAACUUUCAGCAGAUGACCUGCAAGAAUUUCAAGCAAAGACCUUUACCCUAGGGAAGAUCCCGUUGAGACCACCACCCAUUGAACUUUUGACUGGUUAAGUAAAUUUGUGAAUUGAUUAUUUUCCUGGGCGUGAAUUUGACUAAUACAAUCGCAGUUCAAAUUGAGCUCUCUCAAUUUAAGUUUAAUUUUUGAUAAAGAUAUUACUUUAUUUACUAUUUAACUAGUUUACCAUUGUAAUAACUUACUGGGGACUUAACUGUUGUGUUCUCUUUAUAUCCCAACCAAAAUUCAAAAAAAUUGUGCUAGCUCUCAUUGGAAUAAAUGCAUCAACAUAUCAGUGUUUGUUUCCCUGCGCAGGGUCUGCCUGAGCUGCUGAGUUCCUCUAGGAGUUUGAUUUCACUCUGGAAGAGUGACUAUGUUGGUGAGAGCAUUGAAUGUUCCAGCAACUUGAAAGUUGACGAGUUGUUAUUUUAAGUGGAAAUAUCCCUUAUUUAGUCCUUAUUAAGUAUUUGUCAAAAUAUUUCUAGGGCUGCCUUUGUGCUAAAUUUGACAGGAAAGUAUUUGUAUUAAGUAUAAAGUUUAUAUAUUUUUUUUAAAGUUAAGUGUACAAAUAAUAAAUAUCAAUGGAAUCUGCAGACAGAAACUUCAUGAUACUUCCAGGCUGAGCUGAAAUUAAACUUUUUAAAUGCCUGAAAUUAUUGCGAGAAAAAAAUUAUAUUUUCCAUAAACAAUUUUUAUAAUGUUUUGUUGUUUUAUAAGCAUAAUUCCACAUUCAUCCAUGGAAUAUUUGAUUUAAGAAGUGAUUCCCUCAGUGGGUGGAAUAUGCUGCACAUGUUUUCAUCAUACAAGAUAAAUUUGCAUUUAGAGUUCUUCCAAGACCGGAUAACCCUUCAUUACCACAAAACUCAUUGUAUUUUGUUCGGUCUUUGAGUCAGAACACUACAGCACAGAAACAGGGCCUUCAUCCCAUCUAAUCCAUGCCAAACUCCUAAUCUGUCAACUCCCAUUGACCUACAUCACUGUCCACCAUUUCUGCUGGUAGCUUAUUCCACACUGUCAUUACCCUGUGAAUGAAGCAGUUUCUUCUCGUUCCCCCUAGACGUUUCGCCCUUAACCCAUGACUUCUAGUUGUAGCUUCACCCAACCUCAGUGGAAAAGGUCUACUUGCAUUUACCCUGUUUAUACCCCUCAAUAUUUUAUACCCCUAUCAACUCUCCUCUCAAUCUUCUUUGUACUAGGGAAUAAAGUUCUAACCGAUUCAAUCUUUACCUGUGACUCAGGUUCUCAAGUCCAGCAACAUCCUUGUGAAUUUUCUCUGCACUCUUUCAAUCUUACGUACAUCUUUCCUGUAGCUAGGUGACCAAAACUGCACACACUACUCCAAAUUAGAUCUCACCAAUGUCUUAAACAACUUCAACCUAACAUCCCAACUCUUGUACUCAAUGUUUUGAUUUAUUGAGGGCCAAUUUGUCAUAAACUUUCUUUACAACCCUAUCCGCCUGUGAUGCCACUUUCAAGGAAUUAUGAAUCUGUCUUUCGAGAUCCCACUGUUCUACUUUACUCCUCAGUGCCCUACUAUUUACUGUGAAGACCUACCCUGGUUGGUCCUACUGAAGUAUAACCCCUCACAUUUGUCUGCAUAUUUCAGCCAUUUUCCCAGCUAGUUCAGAUCCCCCUGCAAACUUUGAUAGCCUUCCUUGCCUCCUCUCCGACCCCCCCCACCCCCCAAAAUCUUGGUGUCAUCUGUAAAUUUGCUGAGCCAGUUAACCACAUUAUCAUCCAGAUCAUUGAUAAAUGAUAAACAACAAUGGAUCAAACACCAUUCCCUGCAGCACUCCACCAGUCACAGGCCUCCAGCCAGAGAGGCAGCCCUCUAUAACCACUCUCUGGCUUCUCCCAAAAAAGCCAAAGUCUAAUCCAAUUUACUACCUCAUCUUGAAUGUCGUGACUAAAUCCUCUUGACCAACAUCCCAUGCAGUACCUUGUCAAAGGCUGUGCUAAAGUUUUACAUUGCAAAUUUGAAAAAAUAUAUUGUUUUAAAUAUUGUUAUGGCAAAUUAUAGCUCAGAUGAUGAUUCUAAAUGAGUACACUCAUGGAUGUAGGUAUUUUGAUAGCUUGUCUCCGAUUAGAUAAUUUAUUGAAUGCCUUCUAAAAAUUAAUUUACAUUGCAUUCACUAUCCUUUGCAAUCCAGGUAACCACAAUUCAUAUUUUAGAACAGUGCAAAGUAUUUACAGUUACAUGCUUUUGGACUUUCUGGAAUUGUAGAGAAGCUCUGUAGAGGUGGCUGUCUCUGUGGUACAGGACACUCACCACCUUUUGUGAUUCUGACCGUCACUUCUCCCAAAACAAUAACCAUUAAAACAGCUGAAGAGCACAAAUGGCCUUCGACAAGUCCUUUGUGAAAGUCCUGGCUUAACAUUUGCAGCUUUAAGUAACGAAAAUUAACGAAAACCAAUUUCCCCCGGGAUCAAUAAAGUAUGAUUACUACUACUACUAAUAAUAAUAAUGUGAGCAUCUGAAAUGUUUGUUGUUGCAGUUAGCCAUUGCACAGAUCUUCAGCAUGAGUAGCUCAGUUUUCCAGGUGAGGGAUUUGCAGAAUAAUGAAGGCAAAGCGAUUGGCUUGAAUGAAUAAGAACGUGAUGGUUGAUAUUCCAGUGAUUCUCAGCAAUCUCUAUAGUUAGACAAGUUGCACUCUAGUUUUAGAUUGAAUUUAGCGAAGGUGGUGGUUACGUGUUUGCGUAAGUAUUAUGUGCUUGCCAUAAAUAGCUGAAGAAGGUUCCAGUGAAGCACCGGGACUUAUCUCCUGUCACGUGCAUGAAGAGGAAUAACUGUAGGAGCUUCUGCUACAAGUUUGGUUGCGCUUUGUCUUAAUCAUAAAUUUAUAUUGUGUGGCAUGUCUCAAACUUGUGUUUGCACAUACUGCCCACUAUUCAAGCAUGCAGGAAUAUUAUCCAAACAUAUUGUACAUUUAACCCUCAAUCAGGAUAAAAUGUCAUAUAACCAGAGUGAGCAAUUAACUAGGAAUGAGGCUUGAUCUAAGCCCAGCCCAGGAGGAAAGGGUGCUUGCCAUUUUCCAGACACCAUGACUGUGGGGCGGCAAUGUUGCAGAGACGAUGAAAGGUGACACCCAAUCCUCAUUCUCACACCCUACUUGCCCUAACCUACGUUCUCUUUGAUUUAUCGAACACUAUCACACACAAGAUGCUGGAGAAACUCAGCAGAUCAGGUAGUAUCCAUGGAAAUGAAUAUUUCAGUCCAAGAAGAUGCCAGUGUAAAAAGGUGGGGGGAAGGGGAAAUAGGCUUGCUGGAAGCUGAUAGGUGAAUCACAAAUACAAGAAAACCUGCAGGUGCUGGAGAUCCACACACACGCCACACAAUGCUGGAGGAAGCCAGGUGGGUGGGAAAGGUCAACAGCUGGAGUAGAAAGAAUCUGAUAGGAGAGUGGACCAUAGGAGAAAGGGAAGGAGGGGACCCAGAGGAAAGUAAAAGGUCAGAGUGGGGGGUGGGGUAAGUGUGUAUUAGAAGGAGAAAUUUAUGUUCAGGCCUUCAGAUCGGAGGGCACCAAACAGUAUGGUUGUGUCCCCACUCUCCUAUUUCACCCCACCUCCACCAGAUGUGUCUAUCAGAAAGCUGAGGCAUAGUUAUGGAUGAACAAGUAAAUGAGGUGCUUUAAAGCCUCUCAGCCACAGAUGUGUGUAACGCAGAAGCCUAGAUGUGGUGACCAAAUGGCCUCGAAAGAGGACCAGAGCAAUGAGAGAUGCAGACUGAGUGUAAGAUGGGGUGGUAAACUGGAUUGGACUUUGGCUUUGUGGAAGAAGCCAGAGAGUGGUGGUAGAUGAUCAACUCUGCCUGGAGGCCUGUGACUAGUGGACUACUGCAGGAACUGGUUCUGGUCAUCUAUAAAAAUGAUCUGGGUGAUAAUGUGGUUAACUGGAUCAGCAAAUUCGCUGAUGACACUAAGAUUGGAGGUAUAAUGGACAACAAAAAAGGCUAUCAUGGCUUGCAAAGGAAUUUGCAUCGGCUGGAAAAAUGGCAGAUGGAAUUUAAUGCAGACAAGUGCGAGGUUUUGCAUUUUGGUAGGACCAACCAGGGUGGGGCAUUGAGGAGUGUGGUGGAAAAAAGGGAUCUGGAAACCAUCCGUGGAAAAGAUCGGUCGACGUUUCGGGCCGGAACGUCAACCGAUCUUUUCCAUGGAUGCUGCUCGACCUGCUGAGUUCCUCCAGCGUGUAGUGAGUGUUGCUUUGACCCCAGCAUCUGCAGAGUAUUUUGUGUUAGGGAUCUGGGAAUAUAGGUCCAUAAUUAGUUGAAAGUGGUGUCACAGGUAGAUAGUGUUGUAGAGAAAGCCUCUGGCACAUUGGCCUUCACAAAUCAAUGUAUUAAGUACAGGAGAUGGGAUGUUACGUUGAAGUUGUACAAGACGUUAGUGAAGCCUCAUUUGGAGUAUUGUGUGUGUAUUUUUGGUGACAUACCUACAGGAAAAAUGUAAAUAAGGUUGAAAGUCAGUCUCUCUCCUCCUCCCCCAUCUCCCCCUGAAGAUUGAGGGAGGCAUACAAAAUUGAGGGGUAUACAUAGGGUAAAUGCAAGCAGACUUUUUCCACUGAGGUAGGGUGGGACUGCAACCAGAGGCCAUGGGCCAGGGGUGAAAGGUGAGAAGUUUAAGUUUAAGGAACUGAUUCGCAGAGAUUCACAGAUAAUGGCCUUUGACUUCCCCAGUGGGCUCUUCCCUUUCUCCCGUGGUCCUCGUCCGCUAACAUCGGUUGCUCGUCGUGGCAGGUGAGCUCAGACCUGUGCCAUGCUCCUCCUGUGACAUGUGCAAACUCAGUGUCCCUGAUGACUACGUGUGCAGCUGCAGCUCCUGAGAACCGCAUGGUGACAUUGGAGCUGCGCACGGACUCACUUGGGAGCAUCCGAGAUGCUGAGAAUGUUGUGGAUAGCACAUUUAGUGAGUUGGUCACACCGCAGUUUAAGGAUCUAAGGAAAGAUAGGGAAUGGGUGACCAAUGGGAAGAGUAGUCGCAGGAAGGUAGUACAGGAGUCUCCUGCGGUCAUCUCCCUCCAAAACAGAUGUACCGCUUUGGGGUCUGUUGGAGGAGAUGGCUCACCAGGUGAAGGCAGCAGUAGCCAGGAUCAUGGCACCAUGGGUGGCUCUGCUACGCAUGGGGGCAAGAAAAAGAGUGGUGGAGCUGUUGUGGUAGGGGAUUCCAUGGUAAGGGGAAUAGAGAGGAGCUUCUGUGGCCGCGAAUGGGACUCCCGUAUGGUGUGUUGCCUCCCAGGUGCAAGGGUCAGAGAUGUCUCGGAGAGGCUGCAGGGCAUUCUGAAAGGGGAGGGUGAGCAGCCGGCUGUCGUGGUGCAUGUAGGUACUAACAAUAUAGGAAGAAAGCGGGAUGAGGUCCUACAAACUGAAUUUAGGGAGCUAGGAUCUCAAAGGAUUUCAGGAUUAUUAGUGUUGCCACGUGAUAGCCAGAGUUGAAAUAGCAGGAUAUCUAGCAUGAAUAUGUGGUGCAGGAGGGAGGGUUUCAGAUUCUUGGGGCAUUGGAACCGCUUCUGGGGGAGGUGGGACCAGUCCAUCUGGGUGGUCUUCAUCUGGGCGGGGCCGGGAUCAAUGUCCUAGGGAGAUUGUUUACUAGUGCUGGUGGGGAGGUUUUAAACUAAUAUGGCAGGGGGAUGGGAACCAACACUGAAAAGAAGAGGGAAGUGAUGCAGAGACCGAAGAUAGAGUUGGUGAAGAAAAAAGAGUAGAGUGCAUAAAAGGAAAAAGCAAAAAUCGCAUAGGUCACUAGAUUCUAAAAGGACCAUGAGGAUAAGGGUGCUUUAUGUAAAUGCCCGUAGUAUUAGAAACAAGGUUAGUGAACUUGUGGCACAGAUCAGUACCAAGGCAUAUGAUUUAGUGGCCAUUACAGAAACUUGGUUGCAAGGUGGAGAUGACUGGGAAUUAAAUAUCCAAGGGAAUACAGAAAGGUAGGCAGGAAGGCAAAGGAGGUGGGGUAGUGCUGUUAAUUAAUGAUGAGAUCAGGGCGAUUGUGAGAGACGAUAUAAGAUCUACGGAGCAGAAUGUUGACUCCAUCUGGGUAGAGAUUAAGAAUAGUAUCAGAUAAAGAUUUUUUUAAGUUUAUGGAGAGACAAAAUACUUUUGAAGAGAAUACAUUAGAGGAGACUUCUGGUCUUAUCAGAUGGGAUGCCUUUAAGGCAUAUAUUAGAGGACAAAUUAUUUCUUAUACCGCAAGUAUUAAGAAAAAAGCUAAUAAAGAGAGAAGUGAUUUAGCUAAUCAGCUGAAACAACGAGACUAAGAGUAUGCCUUGGCUCCAGAACCUGCCUUAUAUAAAAGACAUGUUGAAACUAAAACUAAAUAUGAUUUUUUAACUUAUCCAACUGAAACCCAACUCCUAAAAGAUAAAAAGUCAAUUUUAUAUUCAUGGAGAUAAAACAGGUAAAUUAUUGGCUGAUCAGAUUAAAACCUUUAUAGCUAAACAGCAGAUUAAAGAAAUAUGCAAAGCUAAUGGUGAUAGGACAACUGAUUAUUUAGAAAUAAAUGAUACUUUUAGAGAAUUUUACUCUAAACUCUAUAGUUCUGAAUCUUCUAAGGAUAACACUGUAAUGAACAUUUUUUUUUUAAGAUCGACUAAACAUUCCCACAAUUUCUGCCGACAACAGAAAGUUGUUGGAACAACCUAUUUCUUUUGAGGAAAUUGUCGAGGCUGUGCGCUCAUUGCGUUUGAGGAAAUUGUCGAGGCUGUGCGCUCAUUGCGUUUGAGGGAAUUGUCGAGGCUGUGUGCUCAUUGCGUUUGAGGGAAUUGUCGAGGCUGUGCGCUCAUUACGUUUGAGGGAAUUGUCGAGGCUGUGCGCUCAUUGCGUUUGAGGGAAUUGUCGAGGCUGUGUGCUCAUUGCGUUUGAGGGAAUUGUCGAGGCUGUGCGCUCAUUGCGUUUGAGGGAAUUGUCGAGGCUGUGCGCUCAUUACGUUUGAGGGAAUUGUCGAGGCUGUGCGCUCAUUGCGUUUGAGGGAAUUGUCGAGGCUGUGCGCUCAUUACGUUUGAGGGAAUUGUCGAGGCUGUGCGCUCAUUGCGUUUGAGGGAAUUGUCGAGGCUGUGUGCUCAUUGCGUUUGAGGGAAUUGUCGAGGCUGUGUGCUCAUUGCGUUUGAGGGAAUUGUCGAGGCUGUGCGCUCACUACGUUUGAGGAAGUUGUCGAGGCUGUGCGCUGAUUGCGUUUGAGGAAAUUGUCGAGGCUGUGCGCUGAUUGCGUUUGAGGAAGUUGUCGAGGCUGUGCGCUCAUUGCGUUUGAGGAAGUUGUCGAGGCUGUACGCUCAUUGCGUUUGAGGAAAUUGUCGAGGCUGUGCGCUCAUUGCGUUUGAGGGAAUUGUCGAGGCUGUGCGCUCAUUGCGUUUGAGGAAAGCUCCAGGUCCAGAUGGAUUUUCUGGAGAAUUUUACAAGACCUUUUCCUCACUGCUUAUAUCUCAUUUAUGUUCAGUUUUUCCGGAUUCAUUUAAAUCGGGAAGACUCCCUCAAUCUUUUUAUGAGGCUUCCAUUUUGCUUAUUCUUAAAAAAAAGGAUCCAACUGAAUGCUCUUCUUAUAGAUCAAUUUCUUUAGUUAAUGUUGAUACUCAGAUCCUAUCUAAAGUUUUGGCCCAUAGGAUUGAAAAUAUUUUGCCAUCUGUCAUUUCUGAUAACCAAACUGGAUUUAUUAAGAAUCUAUAUUCUCACUUUAAUAUUCGUUGGUUAUUAAAUGUUAUUUAUUCUCCUUCUAACAUGAUAUUGGAAUGUGUGGUAUCCCUAGAUGCUGAGAAAGCUUUUGACAGAGUUGAAUGGAAUUAUUUAUUUAAAAGUUUAGAAAAAUCCAAUUUUGGACCCGUUUUCAUUCAAUGGAUUAAAUUACUUUAUUUAGUUCCUUCUGCUGGGGUUAUCACUAAUUCUCAUAAUUCCAAACCAUUUAAACUUCAACAUGGCACUAGACAAGGCUGUCCAUUGAGCCCUUCGCUUUUCGAUUAGAACCCUUAGCCAUUGCCUUUCGAGAAUCUAAUGCUAUCGCCAGUAUUUUAAGGAGUGACACUAUUCAUAAAGUCUCGCUGUAUUGCUGCUAUUUAUUUCUAAUGUUGAGACUUCAUUACCCCAUAUGUUUUCUUUACUCUCCUCUUUUAGCCAGUUCUCAGGUUAUAAAUUAAACCUACAUAAAAGUGAACUUUUCCCUUAGAACAAUUUGAUACCAACAAAUUCUAACCUUCCUUUUAAAAUUGUAAGAAACCAAUUUACCUACUUAGGUGUAACAAUCACUAAAAACUAUAAGUGUCUAUUUAAAGAAAAUUUUCUUACCCUAUUGAAUCACAUAAAAAGGAUACUAUUAAAUUGGUCGCCUCUUUCAUUAUUGCUGAUUGGUCGAAUUAGCUCUACCAAAAUGAAUAUAUUACCUAAAUUUAUAUAUCUUUUUCAGGCAUUACAGGUUUUUAUUCCUAAAUCUUUUUUUUUUGAUUCUCUUGACUCUAUUAUUGUAUAUGGAAGAAUAAGCGUUCUAGAUUAAAUAAAAUUCAUCUUCAGAAAGGUAAGAAAAAUGGAAGAUUAGUUUUAUCAAACUUUAGAUUUUAUUAUUGGACAGUUAAUAUAAGAAAUCUUACAUUCUGGUUAUAUUACAUAAAUUGUGAGGAUUGCCCAAUGUGGGUUUCUUUAGAAGCUACCUCUGUUAAUAAAUUUUCUAUUGUUUCUCCUCUUGGAUCCUCGCUCCCUUUGUCUCUGAGUGAGUUAACUGAUAAUCUGGUAGUUAAACACACUAUGAGAAUUUGGAUACAAUUCCGAAAAUACUUUGGCUUAUUGAGAUUUUCUCUUUCGAGUCCCAUUUUUUCUAAUGUUUUUUUAAACCCUCUAUGAUUGAUGUGGCUUUUAAAGAAUGGGAUCGAUUAGGUAUUAAAUGUUUUCAGGACGUGUAUGUAGAGGGAAGUCUUUUUUCAUUUGAACAACUGUCAACUAAAUAUAGUUUACCCAAAACUCUUUUUUUUUUGAUACCUACAAAUAAGAGAUUUUUUACGGUCUCAAAUAAGUACGUUUCCUAAAAGUCCUGAUAAUAAUCUACUAGAUGUAAUUUUUAAUUUGAAACCUUUUUAUAAUGGAUCUAUAUCUAAUAUUUAUAAUACGUUGCUGGGAAUGAGAAGUGUUCCUUCAGAUAAAAUUAAAAAUUUUUGGCAACAAGAUUUACAGACUUCAAUUUCUGAGGAAACUUGGAAUCAAAUUUUUAAAUUGGUUAACACUUCAUCGUUAUGUGCCCGCCACUCUCUCCUACAAUUUAAAGUGGUCCAUAGGGCCCAUAUGACUAAGGAUAAGUUGUCUCGUUUUUAUUUGGAUAUAUCUCCGUAUUGUGAUAAAUGUAAUAAUGGAGAAGCUUCACUCAUUCAUAUGUUUUGGACAUGUCCGAGUCUUGGAGAAUAUUGGAAAGAAGUAUUUCAAACUUUCUCGAUACUUUUCAAAGUAAACUUUAAGCCUAAUCCUUUAACUGCUUUAUUCGGUAUUGCUGGAGGAAAGGAUAUUAUUUUGGAGUCAUCUGACUUGCACAUUUUGGCUUUUAUGUCUCUUAUGGCCAGAAGGACACUGUUGCUUAAAUGGAAAAAUGAGGGCCCUCCUAUUCAUGCCCAGUGGUUACGUGAUGUGAUGUCAUGUUUAAAUUCAGAGAAGAUUCAAUGCUCAAUCUCUAAAUCUAGUCAAGACUUUCAAACAUUGUGGGGACCUUUUCUGAAUUAUUUUCAAAACCUUUGAUUUGUUGUUAAAGCACUGAUGAUGACUAAUAGUUUUUUUUUCUUUUUUCUUUACCAAUCAGUUUCAGUCUUGGUAGCGGGUUAGAUUUUUUUUAAUAUAAUAAAAUUACUAUAUUUCAAUGCUACGAAUUAAUUAACCUGUAUGAAUAUAGG